AGGUUUAAGUACUUCGGUGAGAACACUUUCACUUGAUGGUUUUGAUUAUAAUCAGCAAGGUUUGUUACUUAGACUACCAGAUUUAUGCCAGAAUGUGGAACAUUUAUAUCUUCGUGGUUGGUAUGGUCAUCAACGAUAUAAAACAGAUGUCUUUACAUCCACGUACGACUCACCAUCCGCACAUGAUUCAGCAGCGGUCUCAUUACGAAGAUUAAUUAAAGCACAAAAAAAUUUAAAAACUUUUGACAUGAUAAAUUGUAAAGCUUACCUUGGUUACAUGAUAUCAGCAUUAGACACUCAGUCAAUUUCAUUAAGAUCAAUGAGAUUUCGACUAGUUGAUUUUAAAGAUUGUGGACCAUGGGAAAGUUUGGCUUCAUGUUUGAAAUUAAAAAAUUUAGAAUUUUGGUUUUGUAAAGGAAUUACCCUUAAAAUGAUCAAGCCUCUUUUAGGAGGAAUAUUUUCUGAAUUAGAAGAAGUUAAAUUAUUACAAUAUGGUAUUGGUUGUGAAGAAUUUAAUUGUUGGGUGAAUAGUGUAAAUGGAAUUAGUGCCACUAGUAAUUCUAACAUAUGUACUGUGGUGGAUGAUUUUGACUCAAUUUAUUGGUAA